UGUCCGGCUCUGCCAGGCUCAGGAGGGGAGCAGAGCCAAGACCACAGGGGGGCACCACCAAGGACCCUCUGCUCCCCUGCAGGCUCCAGCCAGAGCCCACAGCCAGGGCAAGCCAGGCAGGCUGGAGGCCUUCAGGGAGAACAGAAUGUGGGGGGCCUCCUGCCUCCAGGUCCUGUUCCUACUACUGCUGGGUGAGUGCGCAGCCUGCGGGCGGCCUCGAGUGUCCAGCCGGAUCGUGGGGGGCCGCGACGCCCGCGACGGGGAGUGGCCGUGGCAGGCCAGCGUCCAGCACCGCGGGGCGCACGUGUGCGGGGGUUCUCUCGUCGCCCCCCAGUGGGUGCUCACGGCGGCUCACUGCUUCUCCAGGAGCGCGCCGCCGGCCGAGUACCGCGUGCGUGUCGGGGCGCUGCGCCUGGGUCGGGCGGGGCCGCGCGCGCUCUGGGCGCCGGUGCACCGGGUGCUGCUGCCGCCCGACUACUCGGCCGAGGAGGCCCGCGGCGACCUGGCCCUGCUGCAGCUGCGCCGCCCGCUGCCCCUGAGCGCCCGCGUCCAGCCCGUCUGCCUGCCCGCGCCGGGGGCGCGCCUGCCGCCCGGAACUCCGUGCUGGGUCACCGGCUGGGGCAGCCUGCAGCCGGGAGUGCCGCUGCCCGAGUGGCGCCCGCUGCAGGGCGUGCGCGUGCCCCUGCUGGACGCGCGCUCCUGCGACCGCCUGUACCACGAGGGCUCGGCCGUGCCGCGCGCGCAGCGCAUCGUGCCGCGGGGGAGCCUGUGCGCCGGCUACGCCGCGGGCCGCAAGGACGCGUGCCAGGGCGACUCCGGGGGGCCGCUGGCCUGCGUGCGCUCUGGCCGGUGGGUCCUGGCCGGCGUGGUGAGCUGGGGCCGGGGCUGCGCGCUGCCCAACCGCCCCGGAGUCUACACCGACGUGGCCGCCUACGGCCCCUGGAUCCGGGCUCGCCUCCGCCUCUGACGCCCGCGGGGCCCCCGCGCCCGGACAGCUCCCGGGGCCUCGCCUGGCCGGG